AUGCCGGACGCGCAGCACGCAGACGACCUCCCGCUCUUCCCCAGCAGCCGCCGCCGUCCGCCCCGCGGCAAGAGCGAACUGUGUGCGAUGGCCGAACUGGAUGAGUACAUUUGCUACGGCGACCGCCUGGCGUUUCUCUGCGACGGACAGCUCCUGGCGCUUACGCGCAAGUUCAACUUGACGUACCAGCAGAUGGCGCUCUUGGCCACGUCGACAGUGGCCACGUGCGGCCUCAUGGGCAUUGCGGGCUUCUUCGUGUGGCGCAAAGGGCUCUUCCGCAAGCGGUACGCGGCGCUCUUUGGCGACGAGAUCUACAACGAAGACGGGUGCGCAGCGGCUCCGACGGCAGCAGACGCCGUCCCGCCAAUCAGAGCAGAGCGCGGACGGCGAGAGAAGCAGUCGGCUGCGACUUUGAGCCACACGACGACGGGCAACAGUGUGGCGGGAGAGCCGGGGUACCCGGUCGGGGGCUCCAAGGCCGCGCAUGGCUCGGUGGCCUUUCGACUCUUUGAGUUUGACCCGAAGAAGCAGCAGCUGGUCUUUUCGAGCGUGGGACUGCCCGUGAAGUUCGGGACGCCGCUGGUCGUAGUCCACGCGGAAACAGGCCGCGCGAUCAAGUACUUGACGCACAAAGGGGCAGUGACGAUCAGUAAACCGCCCGUGAAUUUGGCCUUCCACCGCCAAGUGCGCACGAGUCUCGUGGCGAUGGAGGAGCCGGCCGUGUCGCUGAGCUCGGCCAAGAGAACGAGACCGCAACCGCCGUCGACGGCGUCGAUGGCAUUGAGUCAGCUCAGCAGCAAUGCCAGUCGAGACGCAGGCCAGUCGACAGCUGAGAUUGCCGACGCAACGAUGACAGACGAUCUACCGAAUGAAGAGACUGGUGUGGAUGAUGAGGCACUGACUGUGUCUGUAGACCAAGCAGAUGUGAUGAUGGAUCUGGCUGACCAAAGUCAGGACCGAGGACAGCCGCGAAGCCAGCGGCAAGUGCACGUGCAAACGAGUUACCCGCGAGGCAAAAAGCUGCAGAGUAUCUCAAACGGCUCGUCGAAGCCGCGUUCGCGGAGCUGCAUGCAGCAACCGUCGGUGCGCUCGAGUCAGGAUCGUGCUCAGCGUCGCAGCUGCGACCAGCCACGAUCACAACCGCUGGCAUACGAACGCGGCGACAGUUCACGUCGGACUUCGACUGACGCGGCUGCUGUCGACAACGCUGACGCACCCACUGUAUCGUCCCGUCGUGGUCGUCACCGCUCGUCAGUGUCGUCAGCUCCAGGUUCUCACGGCUCGAGUUCCCAAGCAUUUUGUCGGUCUAUUUCAGAGUCCUAUAUGAACAUGGUGUCGGACCUAUCCGACACUCUUAUGCAACAGCGCGACCGUCAGCGCGAGCGUCAGGAGCUGAGACGGCGCCAGAAAGUGUUGAUGAAGGACCUGCCCAACAUGUCGUUCAGCAAUCCUUCUGGCAAGUAUUACGUCGCGACUGUCGAGCCAGUUCGGCACCAGACGUCCGGCAGCAACUAUCAUCAACCUGUGGCACCGGGCGACGAGUACCUGCGCUGGGGACAGCCCAUGUCGCUGAUUUCCAAUUUCAACGGUCGUGCCUGCGGCAUUCGUCCUCGUGAGUACUACAAGGACAGCGACCUGUACUUAACGACAGAGGCAACACUGACGACGAUCGUGCCGCUACGUGAAGAUGGCGAUCUCAAGUGUUUGGCGAAGGAGUCGACCCGAUUUUUGGCCCAUUUGGAAAAGCGCCGGGUGAGUGUGAGCGUGGGCACGUACAACGUGUGGAUGAUGCCUCGCAAAGUGAGCGCGUUCACGAGUUGUUCGCCGAAGAAGAAUACGCGGGCACGUAUGAUUGGCGAUAUACUGCCCCCGUGUGAUAUCUGGGUCUUGACAGAGUGCUUUGACCACCGCGCACGUGAUACGCUGCUGAACAAGAUGUCGGAGGCUGGCUACUUUUUUUCUCGCCGACGGUAG